CGGAUGACGUAACAAGUGUGGGCGGGGUCCUUUUCUGCUGCGCCCGCUCCAAGGUGCCUGCGAAGCGAGGCGGGCUGGAGAGCGGCGGUCGCCCCGCAUGCGGAGUGGAAGCAGGAUGAUGGUGGGUAGAACGGGCGCCAUAGCCGCAGGCUUUUGCGGGGCCCUUUUCAUCGGCUACUGCAUCUACUUCGACCGCAAGAGGAGGAGCGACCCCAAUUUCAAGAACCGGCUGCGGGAACGAAGGAAGAAACAGAAGCUUGCCAAAGAAAGAGCAGGACUUUCAAAGUUACCUGAUCUAAAAGAUGCUGAAGCAAUUCAGAAGUUCUUCCUUGAAGAGAUACAACUUGGAGAGGAAUUACUUGCGCAAGGUGAAUAUGAAAAAGGCGUUGACCACUUGACAAAUGCCAUUGCUGUGUGUGCACAACCACAGCAGUUGUUACAAGUUCUACAGCAGACUCUUCCACCACCGGUUUUCCAGAUGCUUCUUACUAAGCUCCCAACAAUUAGUCAGAGACUUGUAAGCGCACAGUGCUUGGCUGAAGAUGAUGUGGAAUGAGAAAUCACAGCUGGAAAAAUAAGGUUUCCUUAGCCCAAAAAGAUGAGCAUUGUGUGUGUGUUGGGGGGGGGGGAUAAAAGAACAAACAUAGUCAUAAUGGACUGUAUAUCACAUUUAAAUCUACCAAGGUUAAUUUUAACGUUGGGUAGGUUGGUUUGGCUGGACUUUAUUAUCUAGUGCAAAGUGUAUUUUGAUAAAUUCAUUUUAUAAAUACACCAUGUUGAGUUAUAAGAUGCCACAAAUGUCAUUUAUUACUAAUACAGUUGUAACAUUGUACAUAAAAAGAUGUAAAGCUACAGCAUAAAAUACCCCAUGCUCAUUUUUGAAGAACAUAAAGCUAAGGCAAUAAAGAUUUAUCUGUGCUUG